AUGACAGCAAACCCUCUAAGAACAGCUCUCAUUUUGCUCUCCUUUGCCCUCUCCGGGGUGCUGGGCACAGCAACAAUCUCUUGCAAAAGUGAUGAAGGUGAAGCUGUGGACUGGUUUAUCUUUUAUAAGUUACCCAAAAGGCCUGACAAUGAAAGUGCAGAGUCCGGGCUGGAGUACCUGUACCUGGACUCUACAAUGAGAAGCUGGAGGAAGAGCUACCAUCUCAUAAAUAGCAACGAGAGCAUUGUGGGAAGGACCUUGGAGCAGCUGUAUGAAGCGUAUCCCUCCAAGCACAAUGACACAGCCUAUCUAAUAUACAACGACGGGGUCCCUAAGUCUACGAAAUACAACAGAAAGUAUGGACACACCAAAGGCCUACUGGUAUGGAACAGAGUCCAGGGUUUCUGGCUGAUUCAUUCUGUUCCUGGGUUUCCUCCUGUUCCAAAAGACGGCUAUAGUUACCCAUCCUCGGGGAAACGGAAUGGACAAAGUGGCAUCUGCAUAACUUUCAAAUACAGCCAGUAUGAAAUAAUAGAUUCCCAACUCUUGGUCUCCCAGCCUAACAUCUACAGCUGCUCCAUCCCAAACACUUUCCACUGGGAACUCAUUCACAUGCCCCAGCUGUGUGCCAAGUCCAGGUCCUUGAAGAUCCCUGGCCGGCACCUCACCGUACUUCAAUCAGCCCAGGGACUGAACUUCCUCCAUUUUGCAAAAUCCAGUUCUUAUACUGAUGACAUCUUUACAGCCUGGAUGGCUCAACAGUUGAAGACACAUUUACUGGCAGAAACCUGGCAGAGGAAAAUACAUUCACUUUCUUCAAACUGCUCCCUUCCUUACCAUGUCUACAACAUCAAGGGCCUUAAGACACCUCACCAACCUUACUUCAGUUCUCACUCUGACCAUUCCAAAUGGUGCGUCUCCAUCAAGGGCUCCAAAAAUCAAUGGACCUGUAUUGGAGACCUAAAUCGGGACCCACACCAAGUCUUCAGAGGUGGCGGAUUCAUCUGUACCAAGAAUCGGUACAUUUACCAAUCAUUUUAUAGAUUAGUUGACUUUUAUGAACCAUGUGGCUAA